AACCGAUUCUUCUGUCUAAGAACAACAGCAGUUCAAGAUGCGUGCUUUCGUGCUACUAUCAGCGUGCCUGGCGAUGGCUUCCGCCCAAUUUGGAGGCCGAGCUGUGCAGGUUAACUACUCGCCGACAACCUUCGACUCGGCCAUCAUCGGAGGUGCAUCGGCUGGUGCCUCUGCCGGUGCCUCGGCUGGAGGAUUUGGAGGAGGUUUCGCUUCUCGUGGAGCAUUCUCCGGAGCAGGUGCCUCUUCGUUUGGAGGAGCUAGCUCGGGAUCAUUCGGUGGAGCCAGUUCAGGAUCGUUCGGAGGAGCCAGCUCAGGAUCAUUCGGUGGAGCCAGUUCAGGAGCUUUCGGUGGUGCAGCGAGCCGGUCAUCUGGAUUCGGAGGCGGCGCUGGAUUCGGUGGUGCAUCUGGCUUCGGAGGUGGUGCAGCUGGAUUCGGAGGUGGUGCUGGAUUUGGAGGUGGUGCUGGAUUUGGUGCCGGUGCUGGAGCUGGUGCUAGUGCUCGUGCUGGCGCUGGAGCUGGAGCUGGAGUUCGUUACUUCGUCAAGCCUGAAAUCGUAAAGAAGCACUUCUACUACCACGUUGCCCCUGAAGCCGAGGCCGCCGCUGAAGCUGAAGCCCGCGUUGAAAUCCAGCCCCAGACUCACUACAAGGUUCUGUUCAUCAAGGCCCCGAGUGCCCAGGCCGAAGCCGCUGCCCGUGCCGCCGCUCGUACCCGCACCCAGGAAAAGACCAUCGUCUACGUUUUGGUCAAGAACCCAGAAGCCCAGGCCGAUGCCGGUGCCGAUGCUGCCGUCGAUACUUAUGCCAGUGCCAAGCCCGAGGUCUACUUCAUCAAAUACCAAGGCAAGGGAGCUGGUGCUGGAGCCGGAGCUGGAGCUGGAGCUGGAGCUGGUGCAUUCGCUGGUGCCGGAGCUGGAGCUGGUGCUGGAGCUGGAUUCGGUGGUGCUGGAUUUGGUGGUGCUUCUGCUUUCGGUGGUGCUGAUGCCUCUGCUUUCACUCGCUCUGGAGCUGGUGCUGGUGCCGGUGCUGGUGCUGGAUUCGGUGGAUCAAGCUUCGGUGGCUCAAGCUUCGGUGGAUCUAGCUUCGGUGGUGCUGGUGCUAGCGCUGGUGCUGGUGCUGCAUCCGGAUCAACUGGAUUCUCGCGUACCUUCAACACUGCCGGUGGAACUACCUUCGGUGCUACCCCAACCUUCGUGUCUGGUGGCGGAUCAGCCUCUAGCAACUCCUUCGCCUCGGGAUCUUCAUUCACCGGAUCCACCUUGGCACCGGCUUUCUAAGCUAAUGUUUCUCUGUCAAACAGAGUUCGAAACACGCUAAUAACUACAAAAACAGGCUUCCGUCCCGUUCCACCCUUGAUUCAAAGAAUCACCGGGAGGAAACGGGAGUGAAUGUGAUAAGCAAACGGUUUUACGAUUUGGACAAACGCUGCCAGUGCAACAGCAAAUGUAUAGCUAAGCUAGUAGAAUAAAAUAGGAUAGAUUUAUGAUUGUUUAGGAUGAACGAUGCAUUAGAAGGUAUAAAUCGCAUACCAGCGCGAUAAAGAAGACAAUUUUGUACCAUACAAUAAAACAACUCAA